AUGUUGAUUGCUAAUCUAUGGAUACAAGCUGGUUUGGUCAAUGGAUCAUUAGGACAAAUCAGAUCCAUUAUCUAUGAUACAGAUUCUAGACCUCCUGACUUGCCAAAGUAUGUGGUCAUUGAAUUCAAAAAUUAUUCCGGCCCUCAUUGGGACAAUGCAAAUCCAAAAUUUGUCCCUAUACCACCUAUCACUCGAGGCAGUCGCACCCAGCUCCCCCUUGCAAUGGCUUGGGCCCUUACUAUUCACAAAUCCCAAGGCCUCACUUUGGACAAAGCAACAGUCGACAUUGGCAAAGCUGAAAAACAAGGGCUGACCUUCACUACACUAUCACGAGUGAAGUCUCUUCAUGAUCUAAGAAUAGAAUCACCUUUCAGUUUUGAAAGAUAUUCAAAAUUACAAAGCAAUGCUUAUACAGCUAUGAGGAAAAAAGAGGAAAACAGAUUGACUGCUCUCUCCAUUCAGAUAUCUGCAUCGCCUCCCCACCAACAACUCUAA